AUGGAUCGAUACACCUCUAAACUGUCUCCUGCUGUUGAUUAUGGUGCGGGAACGUUCUUGCUGGUGGUUGGAUGGCUCUCGAUGAUUCCUGUGCAAGCUGAAGUCAGCACACGGGUGAAUGAGUUUGUUGUAGAUGAGAUUGAAAACCCCUGGAUGAUAUUUGCAGUCAAUUUAGACGGAGAAACUGGAAUGGAUCGAUACACCUCUAAACUGUCUCCUGCUGUUGAUUAUGGUGCGGGAAUGUUCUUGCUGGUGGUUGGUAGCAAGUUUCAAAGAAAAACUAUCAGUAUAAUGAUCGGUGUGAUCUGGCUGUAUUCUCUGCUCUGGGCAUUGUUUCCUUUUCUGGGAUGGGGAGGAUAUGGGCCGGAACCCUACGGUUUGGCCUGCUCUGUGGACUGGACCGGGUACCAGCACUCCUUAAAUGGCUCUUCGUUCAUUAUGGCUUUGGCCAUCCUGUGCACCCUGAUCCCAUGUGCGGUCAUCCUGUUCUCCUACACUGGCAUCGCCUGGAAGCUCCACAAGGCCUAUCAGUCCAUCCAGACCAAUGAUAACCUUCCCAACUCUGGGGCCGUUGAGAGGAAAGUCACCCUGAUGGGCAUCCUGAUCAGUGCCGGCUUUAUUGUAUCCUGGACGCCCUACGUGUUCAUCAGUCUCUGGACCAUGUUUAACUCUGAUGGCAAAGACAGUGUGGCGCCCAUUGUCAGCUUGCUACCCUGCCUCUUUGCAAAAUGCUCAACGGUGUACAACCCCUUAGUCUACUAUGUUUUCCGCAAAUCUUUCCGCAGAGAGCUUCGGCAAAUCCGGAUGUAUUGUUGCUGGGAUGCUGUGAGCAAAAUGACACUCUGUAUAGGAACAGAAAGCUCAGAGGAAACUAGCAGGGCACAAGAGACAGCAGAGUGAACACACACUAAAUAAAAAGAAAAAGGUUGCCGGAUGGUUUGCAAUAUGGAACCGCUUGGACUCGGUGUGCUAUGGCAUUUUAUAAGAGCAUCAAGUCUGUGUCUGCAGCAGCCUACAGUAGUGCACUACUGCAUGAACAUGGGACACGGAAUAAAGUAAUUAGCAGAGGAAAUUUUUGGAAACAUUUCAUAAAGAUUCAUAUUUUGAUGCCAGUGAAACAAGCAGCACUUUAGCUUCAGAUAUUCACUGUCCCAGUCAAAUGCUGCCUGUUUGAACAAUGUCUUAUUCUUUUCUCCUUUUACCUUAUCUUUUACUGCUGCCUAACCUUUUAGCUUUCGGCAGAUUAUUGUGAGA